AAUAGUUUGUUUGUUGUUGAUUAUUUUAGAAAUUUUCUUUCUCUUUAUUUUUCUUCUCUUUAUGAACUCGCUUGUAAACAGUUUUUUGCAAAACUAUAUUGCACAACAUCAGGCAAAUUAUGGCAACAAUAAUAACGGUGGUCUAUUUGGCUCAGGGCCAAUGGAUUGGUUAACAAAUGCUGCCACUUUUGCUGGUGCAGAUGCACUUUUAAAUCGAUAUGAUGAGGAUCAUGAAGGGAAAGCACAUUUUUGGAGAAAUGCUGGAUUAGCAGGUGCUUUGGCACUCGGUUAUCAAUAUUUUAGAGACCAUUACAAUAAACAACAAGGGCUAGAUGCUGAACAAUUACAACAAAUAGCAGCUGCUCAGCAACAACAGUUACAACAAUUACAGCAGCAACAGCAACAACAGUUACAACAACAACAAAUAGCUACGCCUAUUCCUCAACAACAAGCAUUGACUUAUUAUUAUCCUCAGCAAGAGUAUGGCUAUCCACCGCCACCUCAACUACCAAUGAUAAUGCCACCUCCAUUACAGUAUUAUCCAGCACCACCACCUCCACCUUUUAUAAAUAAUGCUUAUAUGGGACCACAACCAGACCCUUAUACAAUGAUGAAUAACUUAUUUAUGCAGCAACAGUACGGCUGUUCUUUAGGAAACAAUAUGAUGAUGAUGAACCCACAAAUGAUGUCAAACCAAACCACGGGACCAAUGCCCAUGGCACCUUAUUCAGUCCAUCAACAUCUAUUCAACCAUCAUAGAGCCCCUCAUCCUUACUACUAUUAUCCUUAUAUGCAAUAAAUUAUUUUG